AUGUGUGGUAUCUUUGGUUACAUCAACUACCUGGUCGACAAGGACCGCAGGCAGAUUCUAGAGACUCUUACAAAUGGUCUUGCGAGACUAGAGUACCGUGGAUAUGACUCUGCCGGCCUUGCCGUGGACGGUGAUAAGAAGAACGAGGUCUUCGCCUUCAAGGAAGUUGGAAAGGUUGCCAAAUUGAAAGAAUUAAUUGCCGAGUCCAACAUCGAUAUGGACAAGAGCUUCGAUUCCCACGCGGGCAUUGCUCAUACUCGAUGGGCUACCCACGGUUCUCCCUCCCGCUUGAACUGCCACCCCCAUAGGUCUGACCCCAAGUGGGAAUUCUCCGUCGUUCACAAUGGUAUCAUCACCAACUAUAAAGAACUGAAGGCUCUUUUGGAGAGUAAAGGCUUCCGUUUUGAAACCGAAACCGACACCGAAUGUAUCGCCAAGCUGGCAAAGUACCUCUACGACCAGCACCCAGAUAUUGAUUUCACCGUCUUGGCCAAAGCCGUCAUCAAGGAGCUUCAGGGAGCCUUUGGUCUUCUCAUGAAGUCCGUGCAUUAUCCACAUGAAGUCAUUGCCGCUCGCAAGGGUUCUCCUUUGGUCAUCGGUGUUCGCACUUCCAAGAAGAUGAAGGUCGACUUUGUCGAUGUCGAGUACUCUGAAGAAGGUGCUCUUCCUGCUGAACAGGCUUCUCAGAACGUGGCCAUCAAGAAGACAGCCGCUAGUCUUCUGGCACCUCCAGACAAGUCUCUUCUUCACCGCUCGCAAUCUCGUGCUUUCCUUUCGGACGACGGAAUCCCCCAGCCUGCAGAGUUCUACCUGUCCUCUGACCCCUCCGCUAUCGUUGAACAUACCAAGAAGGUUCUGUACCUGGAGGACGAUGACAUCGCUCAUAUCCAUGAAGGUCAGCUCAACAUUCACCGUCUGACCAAGGACGACGGCACAUCCAACGUUCGAGCCAUCCAGACCAUCGAAUUGGAAUUGCAGGAAAUCAUGAAGGGCAAAUUCGACCACUUCAUGCAAAAGGAAAUUUUUGAACAGCCCGAGUCUGUUGUCAACACCAUGCGUGGUCGUUUGGAUGUCGAGAACAAGAAGGUGACCCUAGGUGGUCUCCGCCAGUACAUCUCCACAAUCCGUCGUUGCCGCCGUAUUAUUUUCAUCGCUUGUGGAACCAGUUACCACUCUUGCAUGGCGGUACGUGGUAUCUUUGAGGAGCUCACUGAGAUUCCUAUUGCUGUUGAACUUGCCUCCGAUUUCUUGGAUCGACAAGCCCCAGUCUUCCGUGAUGACACCUGUGUCUUCGUUUCUCAGUCCGGUGAGACCGCAGAUUCACUCCUGGCCCUCCGAUACUGCCUUGAGCGGGGUGCCUUGACUGUUGGAAUAGUCAACGUUGUUGGUUCUUCUAUCUCUCUCCUCACCCAUUGUGGUGUGCACAUCAACGCCGGUCCUGAGAUUGGUGUUGCCUCGACCAAAGCCUACACUUCGCAAUUCGUUGCCAUGGUCAUGUUUGCACUGUCACUCAGCGAGGACCGUGCCUCGAAGCAAAAGAGACGCGAGGAAAUCAUGGAUGGCCUCUCGAAGAUCUCCAAUCAAUUCCGCGAAAUUCUCAAACUCAAUGACCCCAUCAAGGACAUGUGUGCCAAGUUCUUCAAGAACCAAAAGAGUCUUUUGCUCCUCGGUCGUGGUAGCCAAUACUCUACGGCAUUGGAAGGUGCUCUCAAGAUCAAGGAAAUCUCAUAUCUCCACUGCGAGGCUGUCAUGUCCGGUGAAUUGAAGCAUGGUGUUCUGGCCCUGGUUGAUGAAGACCUUCCAAUUAUCAUGAUUCUCACCCGCGAUGAGAUCUUUGCGAAAUCACUGAAUGCAUACCAACAAGUUAUUGCUCGUGGUGGUCGUCCAAUCGUCAUCUGCAACGAGAACGACGAAGAAUUCCCUGCUUCGCUGACCGAAAAGAUCGAGCUCCCCAAGACCGUUGACUGCCUACAGGGUCUCUUGAACGUGAUCCCAUUGCAGUUGAUUGCCUACUGGCUUGCUGUUGGCGAGGGACUGAACGUCGACUUCCCUCGUAACUUGGCCAAGUCGGUGACCGUGGAAUAA